AUGGACGACGUGGAGGUUCUGCUGUUUGAUGUCUUUGGCACUAUCGUCGACUGGUACGGCACGAUCAAGGCAGAGUUGGCGCGGACGGGCGAGGUGUAUGGUCCUUCGGGCUCGGAAAACUGGCACUCCUUCGCCAUGGAGUGGAGGUGGAAGUAUGAUGAGAAGACCUCAAAUUCGUCGGCGGGCUCAACAGAGACAAGAUUGCUGCCAGUGAUUCUGAACGAGAUGCAACGAAAGCACCUAGACGAGAUCCUCGACACACCACAAUACGCUCACAUAGGCAAAUGCUGGAACAAAGAUGUGCGGGACAAGCUGAACGGCGUAUGGCAUAGGUUGGACGGCUGGCCGGACUCGAGCCCGGGAUUAUAUGCUUUGAAGAAGGACUACAUAAUCGCAACGCUGUCUAACGGCAAUGUGCGAUUGUUGGUCGACAUGGCCAAGCACGCCGACCUACCAUGGGACGCUGUCUUCUCCGGGGAUAUAUUCGGGUCGUACAAACCGAGCCCCAGGGUCUACCUCGGCGCUCUCAAGUUGUUUUCCGUGCCGCCCGAGCGCUGCGCUAUGGUCGCCAUGCAUAUCGAAGACCUCAGAGGGGCGGCGAAGAAUGGGUUGAAGACGAUUUACGUUCGCAGGCCUGAGGCCAAUGAGCCGAUUGCUGAGCCAGAGGUUGUGACGACCAAGGCAGAGGGCGGAGAGGUGGAUGUGGUGGUAGACUCGCUGGUGGAGUUGGCAGGUAUGUUAAGGAAGAUCAGGGAGGGUGUAUGA